AUGGCUAGCUUCUUUGAUAUCAAAGCUCGCAAGGCAGAAGCUGCUUCAAAUGGCACCACAAAUGCAAAAGAAGAAGCCAAGAAAAAUAAUCGCAUGCAACCAUGGGUUGAAAAAUAUCGACCCAAAGGCCUAGGAGAUGUUACGGCGCAAGAUCAUACCAUCACUGUUCUGCAACGCACACUCCAAUCCUCCAAUCUUCCACAUAUGCUCUUCUACGGCCCUCCAGGCACAGGUAAAACAUCGACGGUGCUCGCACUCGCCAAAGAACUCUACGGUCCCGAACUCAUGAAAUCCCGCGUUCUUGAACUCAACGCUUCCGACGAACGAGGUAUAUCUAUUGUCCGCGAAAAAGUGAAAGAUUUCGCUCGCAUGCAACUUUCCAAUCCCUCGCCCGCCUAUCGUCAGAAAUAUCCGUGUCCCCCUUACAAGAUUAUUAUAUUGGAUGAGGCGGAUAGUAUGACGCAAGAUGCGCAAAGUGCGUUGAGAAGAACGAUGGAGACGUACAGUAGGAUUACGAGAUUCUGUUUGAUUUGCAAUUAUGUGACGAGGAUUAUUGAUCCCUUGGCAAGUAGAUGUAGCAAGUUUCGAUUUAAGAGCUUGGAUAAGGGGAAUGCGGUGGUUAGAGUGAGGGAGAUUGCGGAUAAGGAAGGUAGUGCGGCGAGGUUGGUGGGAGCGGUUAGUCCGGAGGGCGAAGAGAGGGGCAAUGCAGAUAAAAUGGAUGUGGAUGAAAAGAUGGUUACUGUGAGCAGCGUGGAAGAUAUCGCAGGAGUUAUACCAGACAACACGAUUGAGAAAUUGGUCAAGGCUAUGCAGCCGAGAUCGAGAGGAGUGGUAUAUGAAGCUGUAUCCAAAGUAAUCGUUGAUAUGGUGGCAGAUGGGUGGAGUGGCACACAGGUCGUCUCACAGCUGUACCAAACCAUCAUCAACUCCGAAUUGAUCGCCGACUCCCACAAGAACAAAAUCGUAGCUCUCUUUUCAGAAGCAGACAAACGACUCGUGGAUGGUGCAGACGAACAUCUUACUAUCCUCGACCUGUCUUUAAGGAUAUCCAACAUUCUCGGCAGUUCUUGA